UUUGAUGUUUCCGAGCUUUGUAAAUGCCUACUCUUUGGUGAGCUUUUUUUAUUUAGAAAGACAAUUUCUAAAAAUGUCGUCCCCCCGCUAGUGUAUAGAACGCGUGUAUUGCGCUCGAAUCCGAACGUCACGGGUAUAUUUUCCGUAUCUCCGGUAUAUUCUUUUCACGCAGAAUGAAGUAAACAUAUAAUUAAUCUUCGAAGCAGGAAAAGAAGAAAGACAAAAUUGGAGGAGAGCACAAUUGAGAAGAACGAUUUGGCUGUUAUGAAAGAGUAAGCGGCGCAUGUUGCAACUGCAACUAUAAUUGUGAAAACUAAGCAGAAAGUCUGUUUGUCAAGAGUGUACUAGAAAAACAACACAUUAGCGGACGACUGUCAUCAUAAACAACGCGCACGCAGAGGUUAGAUUACGCUUCUGAGGUUAAAAAUGACCACAGCGCACGGGGGAGUACCUUCAACGAGAGAUACAUUCUAAUUUAACCUGUUUUGACUGCUUCACCACAAUUAUCGUAAUUGCCGCACUUUUCAUUUACGACAGCGACCGUGGCAAUGAGUGGAAAAGUAAAAAAACGAAGGAACAUGUACAAGUUCAAGCCACUUGUGAUUACUAAGCAUAAGGCAAAGGGUCUGGAGUGUCCGAAAGCACGCAGUGGUCAUCGAGUCGCGUGCGAUCAUCGACACCUAUACUCGUAUGGUGGUUUUAAUCCUUGCGUGUCUGACACCGAUCCAGAUAUGCGUGACGAUCAGACAUGGGUAGCCAGCAAGCCACUCUUCAAAGAGUUAUGGCGCUACAAUUUGGUGAGCGAGCAGUGGAAACGAUUACCUGGUCAGGACAGCAUGCCAAACGAACUGGCAUCGAACGCGAUGGUAUUAUGUGGCAAUAUGUUAAUGGUAUAUGGUGGUACUGGUGUACCAUUUGGCGAACGGUGCAGUAAUCAGUUAUAUGUCUGCAACGUCGAUGACGGUAUAAUGAAGGUUGUGCCAGCCACGGGUGAUUCACCUGAGCCUCAGUAUGGACAGGCUCUGGUGUGUCAUAAUCCUUACUUGUAUACCGUUGGUGGCACUACUGGAUAUGAAUAUACUUGUGACAUCCAUCGGUUUGAUAUGAGGACAGGCAUUUGGGAGGCAGUGUAUAUCUGCUCCGGCAAAAAUGAAUCGGAACCUCGUGGAAGAUAUAGGCACGAGCUUGCUUUCGAUGGCAAAAUGAUUUAUGUCUUAGGUGGCGGUACCUCCGCAGAAGCUUAUGGCUUUUUGGAAAUACCAGCCUUUGAUUUGGAGACCAAUAAUUGGAGGACCUUGAGCACGCAUGGUGAUAUUGAUGAUAAUACAGUGCCAGCACCACGACGUUGUCACGGUUCUGUUCAAUACACAGAUAAGAAAAGCGGCGCAACCUCGGUCGUCAUAUCGGGCGGCUAUAAUGGCGAUGCUGUAUUCAAUGAUGUUUGGCGGCUUGAUCUCGGCGCAUUGCAAUGGACGUGCUUAAAAAAAUGCAUCUUGCCACGUCCUGUAUAUUUUCAUUCGACGGCGCUGACUCCGAUUGGUCGCAUGUACAUAUUCGGCGGCAUAAUUAAAGAACACAAUAAGGUGCAGAGAACAAACGCGAUUCACUCUGUUUGGUUGACGAUCCCGAAACUUUCUGAGAUCUGCUGGCAAGCAUUGAACCAUUAUUGGCCAAAUCUGAUGGACAAAUCUCCGGAUGAGUUGCUCCUCAUUGGAAUACCCUUGCAAUUUGUGCAGAGGCUCGAUGAUUCUUACGCUUUGUGAAUAUUAUGAAAUUUUCUUAACUCUCUUUGCUGCAACCAAAUUGGGCUGUGAUGUCAUAAACGAGAGAAAUCAUAUAAGACGUAAUACGUUUUCAUAUGUCGAAAUAAAUUAGUUUUUUUUUCAUAAUGAAACAGAUCAUUAAAAUAUAUCAAGAAUUUUUUAUCCUGUUUUUAUUUUAUUUUAUUUAUUUGUUAUUUUGUUGCUGACACAAUAUACACAUGUUUUAGAUGACACAAUAUACAUGUCUGUAGAUAAAAUAGGUUUUACAAUUGAUUAAAAAUUAUUUGCUCUUUAUUAAAUCAAUGAAUUCACUGAUCUACGUUUGAAAGAUCUAAUUUAUUUCGACGCAAAUUGCAAAAAAAGAAAUAAAAACUUUUAAUGCAAAAAUAAAAAUUUUGAAUAUUUUCAUGAAAUAUAUAUUCACAAUACUUUACAUUUAUUUGAAGAUAAAUAUAAGUCGGUUAAUAUUUUUUUGCGAUUUUAUUUAUUAUAUAAUAAUACACAGAAAGGGAGAGAGAGAGAGAGAGAGAGAGACAAAUUUCAUAUUACCUUAUUUAGUGUAAAUCUGUAACACAAUUGUAGUGAAUUUCUUACAAAAGAGUUUUUUCUUUCUAAAUUGCAUCCAUUCGGCGCAUGAAGUUAAAUUAUAAAUUAUCAAGAACUGAGUAAUGCUAUUUGUUUGUUAAUAAUAGCAUACUAACUCAGCACUACUUUUUCAAUAUGUACAAAUAAUAAUUAUUAAUAUAACGAGUAAAGAGUUAUAUAUAUAAGAGUAUAGUUCAGCAUAUUAGAUCUAAUAUUGUACAAUAUAUCAUCACGCCUUUGCUCUAAUACUAUGAUUAAAUUAAUUUAUAUUUAUUUAUUUAAGGAGAUCUCUUACAAAUGUUGAGAUCGUCGUCUCAUUGCGUAAUGCGCGAGAUAUUUCCGAACGUGUAAAUGCGGCGAAUGACAUUUGGAUGCGCGAUUAUAAUAUUUGAAAAAAAUAUUUAAUAUUAUUCUGCGCGCAUUUGAUCUCAAAAGGGCUUUUAAGUCCGCGUUUCAUUUAUUCAGAUAUUUAUCCGCAGUGCCUAUUAAUGAUGUAAAAUUAUUCUCGCCAAGUUGCUCGUUUUGAUGAAUCAAAAACUUCAAAGACGUCUCCUCCAUUUCCUUCAUCUACGAUAUUUUAUAGAGAACAAAUCAAACGUAGUUGCACUACGAAAUCAACUUUGAGAAGCAAUCAGUCUUGACUUUACCGUCUUUUUAGAAUUAUAUUGUAAAAGCACACCAAAGUAAUUGUCGAUGUGAUAUUAUAAUUCUACACUUUUACCGCAUGAAGCAAGGAAAUUGUAACUUCAUAAACUGAUAGCUCCUGAGGAUCAAUAUAUCCCCUGAGCUAGUGAAUUCUCGUUUUUCUUAAAGCGUCAUACUUGCAGGACGUUUUGCAACUAUUAUGUUGCUUAUUUAGACAAAAGAUGUAAACGUUUUACACAUCAGUUGUAAAUUAUUCUUUUCACAGUAACACCGCUCAAAACAAUUAUGAAUCCUCUCGUAAAAUCCUCUCGUAAUGAUGAUCACGUUAACGAGUCUGACAUUUUUUAAUAUUGUUAAUUAUUUUUAUCGCUGAUGCACGGUUUAUUAUAUAGUUAUAUCUUCAAGGAAAUAAUUAUCUUUUUUUUUAACUUUUUCCUUGUAAUCCCAUAAUUGCAACUAGUUAGUUCUCAUCUUUAUUCGGUUAUAUAAUCGGUUUUAUAUUUCUACUAAAUUACUUGAACAAUAUCAUUAAACGAACGACUCUAAUUAUUUUGAGCAGUGUAUUACAUAUCGUUAUUAUCCAGUAGUUUUCUGGUGCUAUUUACGUAAGACAAUAUUAGCUGCACGUUAGUGGUCCGACUAAUAAAGAAGUUGUAAAUAUAACAAUGAAAAAGACGAAUAUAAAAACAUCAAACUUUCU